AUGGCACGACUCCCCUUCGCCUUGUUCCAUCUCUUUAUCAUCGUCCAAGUUUCCCUUGCCUUUCCUUGGUCCAAAGCUGGGUCUAUGAUUCGCAACAGUGGGGCUUGCAGUUAUAAAGAGCGUCUAUCCUGUUCAACCCCCUGGGCCAAAGGCGGAUGUCAGUCACGUCUCUCAGUGCCUCAUCCACCUACAAACCGAAAUUUGCAAGAAAGUCAACGCCCACUCAUUGAUACCCCCUUCCUUGGCCGUGUCACCACUUCCUCGAUCAGAUGUAACAUCUCUUCUGAUGACGACGGCCACGUUGAGGAGUCCGUCUCCGUGACGGAGCACAGUGAUAUAACAGACCACUACAUCACAUUCCGGACAUACCAAUCCGCGCGUAACGACCACGGCUUAUUUACUCAGGAGGCGUUAUAUGACCACAUCCACUUCUUCAACGCCUCAUUCAUGAUAUCUAGUGACGGCAUGCAGAAGGCGCUAAUAAGUUGGGGUCGUGUGGUUGAAGGAGCUUCACAAGCGAGCUAUAUCAUUAAUAGGAGCGGCCUCGUUACUGGCUCUAUUGAUGACCGCACAUUUACGCCAUUCACUGCCGAAAAUGCUAGUAAAGCCACAUUCUCCGACGGCAAACCUCUUCCAAUCCUGCGUCUCUCAGAAAGUGUUAACAAGACGAUGUAUGACGUGGCCCCACGCAUUAACUCUGCGUUGAAGUUCUGUAGCCCCACGGCCUCUACAAUGGCACCCAGUUCCGGAGAAGUACAAAUCUGGGACGAGCAGAGUUGUUCCGCUUGUUUGAGUGAUGCCUCCAUAGCAUUUGGAGUACUCACAGUAGGGUGUGCGGGCGGGUUAGUCUGGUGGAACCCGCCCGCUUAUCUGGCCUGUCAAGCUGCUGCUGUUGCCACGUUAUUCGGCAUGAGAGCAAAUUGCUAUAGUCAUGGAUGGUGCCCCUGA